UGUCAAACUAAUGAAGCUAACACUUCUCUGUUUCGCAUAUUCCAUACCAUGUACAUUAUGUCUAAUGAAUGGUGAAGAUGUCCAAGCUGAUGAGGACACAAGGUUCAUCGUCUCACUUCAGACAUAUAAUCAAGAAGGCAAACAUUUUUGUGGUGGUGUUUUUGUUACAUUGGAUUUCGUUCUUACUGCAGCCUCAUGCGUGGAAGACAGACAGCCACAAGAUUUUUGGAUUGUGGCUGGCACAAAAAAAUUGAGCAACAAGAACGAACAGCUGCAAUUGAAAAUUGACAAAGUUUUUAGUAUGAAUCCUUCUGGACGGAACAAAGUACGAAACAAUAUCGCAUUGUUGCGUAUAGAGACGAAUAUACCUAAAUUUGAGGUACAUAAAGUGCAUAAAAUAGAGCUGGCGUCGGACGGUGAAGAUAACGUGGCAGAAGGAAAAAAUUGUAAAAUGUACGGUUGGGGCCAAAAGGAAGACGGAGAUAAAGUCCCAACCGAUAUUUUACAAGUAGGUCCGACUCAAGUGAAACCUUGGGAUGCCUGCAAUCUUCUCCUUGAAGAUGUCGAUGAGUCUAACCUAUGCGCCCAAAAUUAUAUGGCGUCCCUUUGUAAUUUUGAUGCUGGUGCUCCAUUGAUUUCCGAAUCGGGUAACUACUUGUUGGGAAUAGCAACUGAACACUUCAAGGUAAUAUUGCGGUCCAAUUAUUACGAUGUUUAUACACGAGUUAACUCACACAAGCACUGGAUUUGGAAAACAAUUGAAACAAAUAAGAAAGUCUCAUCGUCAACAUCGCAUCCUAAAUCAAACGACAUCAUAACGGGAAUAGGGAUCAUUAUAGUUUCGAUUAUUUGGGCCAGUCCAUAAUGUGAAAACUGCGACAAUGGUCCAAAUUCACAGUUUAACAUUGGAUAAUGCUAUUUGAAGGUUUAACCUGCCAAAAAUCAUACUGUCUAGUCUCAUGUUGUACAGAAAAGGAAAUU